UCGCCACUCGGCUGAUCUUGGCGUGCAGUUGAAUUGGACGGUCCAAACUACACAGUCGAAGCUCGCGAGUCGCGUGGCUUCUGGCGCAACCGUGUGUUACCGCUCGUUACGCUGUUCUAAACUAAACGCAUACGCAUGUCAGUAUGUUUUGCUGAAUCGAAUGGUGAAGUGUUAAAGUGUUCGUCAAGCACAAGUAGUUUGUGGUCUGGUGGUCUUAGUCAUUGUAAGACUGUAAGGUGGUUCCGCCAACCGGCUGAGCUUCUCGGAGGGCAGUGACCGCAGACGCGAUCUCGAACCGCGGCAGCGCGAGCUCGGCGCCGUGCGGCAUGGAGUGCGGCGUGGCGGCCGGCGGCUACCCCGCGCCCCCCGCGCACCCCGCGCUCUCGCCCACCGAGCGCUCGCCCGCCAAGUCCGGCCUGCACGUCAACUUCAGCGACAAGGGAGAGGUAAAGGAGCGCCGCGAGAAGUUCCUCACGGCCAAAUAUGGCAGUCACCAGAUGGCGCUGAUACGGAAGAGGCUCGCCGUGGAGAUGUGGCUCUACGACGAGCUGCAGAAGUUAUAUGAGACGCCGAAGGAGGGCGGCGGCACGGGCGCGGGCGGCGGCCCGGGGGGCGCGGCGAACAGCUCGCAGGAGGUGGAGGUGGACAUCGACGAGCUGCUAGACAUGGACAGCGACGAGCUGCGGCGCCGGCACCUCACGGUUUUACUAGCUGAUGCCAAAAAACCACAGAAAGAUAUACAUAAAUUCAUCAACGACUUGUUAGAAAAAGCAAAAACUCUUUAGGCUACGGAACCAAAUCUCAUGAAUCGAAGGUGAGGAGCGGCCGCCUGCGAGCUGCACUCCCUCUAGCUAUAGUAUCUGUAAUCAUGUCCUUAGCUCGUAGUGUGUGUGUUGUGUGUAUGUGUGCGAGCGUGCAAGCGUGCGAGACGUCACGCUGUGCGAGUGUGCGAGAGAGCGCGAGGGAGGCGCGCCGGGCGACAGCGCUGCUGUGCUGCCAUACAUAUCACGGUCACUCACGUGAAGCCCCACACGAAACCAGCAUCUGGAUUCAGAUCUCAAAGGCCCUAGUGCCCUACGUCAUCGCGUCACCGAAACUCCUAACAAAGCUGGAAAGGUACCAUCUACAAAAUUUUAUAUUUGAAAUUAAAAUCGGUUAGAUCAUACUCGAUAUUAUAUGCUUUCAUCAAUUUUAUAUAACAGACACGAUUUACGUCACAUGCUGUGCAUGUGGCUGUGUGUGUCGCAUGCGACAUAAACUAGUAGCUACUGAGAGUACUGGCUUGGUGUUUUAAACUUGUGUAGAAGGGCCGUUAGAGAAGUCACCCACCCUCUCGCUUAUUAAUAAAACGGCAACUUUAAACAGUCUGAAUGUGGAAAUGUCGCAGGUAGUUAAUAAUUAGGCAAAACGUACAAAAUAAGUAAGGCUUCCUUCGUGCGUGUUGUCACCAACUCGCGAUGCCUCACGGUGGGUGCCCCAUUACCUGCCAGAUUCUAUAAUGCUCGUAGGACGUCAUUUUACAUCGUUACACAUCAUUCUGCUGCAGGUAAUAUUGUAAGGAUAUUACUUUUAGAUGUUAUUGUAAAGUAAACUUAAUAUUAUACACAUUUCGUACGUAUUUAUAAUAGUGCAUAUAUUAAUGAUGAAAGUUGACGGUGGGAGCCAUCACAGUAAUCAGUAGUGCGAAUUCUAACACAAUUAUAAAAAAAAUGUCAUAGAAUAAAUAUCUAGGCUUUACUGAGUGUAAAUAGUAUAUAGGUAUGUAUUCAUCGAUAGAUUGAUGCCUCCUGCCGGCACUUGACCGGGUCUGUGGUCUCCAGUCGUCCAGACAACAUUUAAAGCUGCGACGACGCGGCAGUGCACACUGUUGACAAACCCGGAAAGCUUGCCAUUGUUUUUUUUAAUAAACGACUGUUUAUAAUAUAUCAUUAAUGUUAAUAAUAAGAACAUUUCAUCCACACGUAAUAUAAUAUCUUUCUAUGUCGGUACCACCUGCUACAUUGUCAUGCAGACCUUAGACAUCAAAAGGAAAAACAGACACCAAAUCAACCAUACAAGAACGCAUCCUUGUUCGUAAUUCGUCUAAUAAAGUAAAAAUAGUUGUGAGUGUUUAGUGAUCUGUACUCAGUAGGUCGCCUUACGACUAGAGCGUUCGUGCUGCGCCAUGCGCAAGGACUGUGUGGAGGCCGGUGCCGAGUGAGAGUGUGGUGCUCGGGGUCGGGCGGCACUCGCUCGAUACGACCACAAACUAUACCUAUUUGAAGCUGAGCUAGUCUCGGUCCCGAGAUCAACGCACUUUGUAUUUGUAAUAAAUAAUUUUACUAAA